AUGCCAAAGAUCUAUGUUUGCUCUACUGGGGGGCCUGGCUGCAACCAAACUUUUGACAAGCGCGUCAACCUCAAGAGACAUGAAGCCAUGCAUCCAAAAAAUAAGUACAUCUGCACCUGGCCUGGGUGUAACUUUGUGACACUGAUUAAAAAAAGCUAUGGCAUCCAUUCUGAUAAACAUGCGGGCAAGCAACGCCACAACUGCCCUCACAAUGAUUGUGACUUUAAAACUCACAAUCCUUCCCUCCUCACGGCCCACCACAAAAGCAUACAUAAGCAUGUUCCUAUGCCGCGCAGUCAUGUUGCACGCCCUGCAAUAGGAUCAUAUGAGGCCCAUUCGUCAUCCCAGCCUAUGGUACAGCCCCUCCCCCUUGCACAGCCCCUGCCCUUUGGCUACCAAUACGAACCCCAAGUCAUGCAACCAGAACCUAUGCCACCCCGACCCAUGCAAUUCCACCCCACCCAAUACCAACCUGAACCCACUCAAUACCAACCCCAGUCCACUCAAUACCAACCUCCCACACCUGACCCAAACCAAUUGUUGGGAGUCAUAUAUGGCUCAACGGAUACCCCGGACGACUAUCAUGUACACCAGAUCUGUGAUGGCCCCCAAUGGAUGGACUGA